UCCAACAAACCACAGGAACAAAGAGGUUUUUUUCCUCGUUUGACAGUACACUUAACUUGAUCUAUUGAUGCAUCACUGAGCUGUUGUUUGGCUGCCGUUUAAAAGGGGUUUGCUCACAUUGAGCUGAAGGCACACAACCAUGUCAGCUGGAAGGAUUCUAGCUUUCUUCGCAUUAAUUGCAGGUAUUUCCAGCACUCAGACAUCAGAUUGCUCAUAUUCUGGGCUUGUGAAUUAUUUAAACCUGACAAAUGGACUCCUAACAAUGAUAAGACCUGUAAGAAACUGGACCGACCCCACCAGUGUUCAGCUGGAUGUGGUGAUCUAUGGUAUUUUAGACCUGGAUGAAAAGGCUCAGUCUCUCACAACCCAUAUUUGGACACAAAUGUAUUGGCAGAGCGAGUUCCUAACAUGGAAUUCGUCAGAUUUCUGUGGGAUAAAUAUGCUGGUCAUUCCAAGGUCGAUUCUGUGGACCCCAGAUCUAACCAUCCAGGAAGACACCUCUGAUACUGGGACAGUUCAGGACAGUCCGCUUAUCACUUUAUUUCCAGAGGGUUUAGUGUCUGCAAACCGGCACCAGCGGCUGACCUCCACUUGUCAGCUCAACCUCUACCUGUUCCCCUUUGAUACACAACAUUGUAACAUCACAUUUUUAUCUUUUAACUACUUUGCUGACGGUGUGAAACUAGGAUGUAACCAGAGUGGCACAAGUCUCACUUCACUCUCUGAGCAGUUAAUGGCGACUCAGGGAGAGUGGCAGCUUGUGAACAUUAGCAUAUUCAGUUACUCUUUUACGAAGCAAGGUGUCUCUCGCAGCAGACUCACAUACAUGGUCUCAAUUAGAAGAAGGCCGUUGCUUUAUGUGGCGAUUUUUGUAGUGCCUCUGUUCUAUUUAUUGAUCCUGGAUUUGGCCACGUUCUUCAUCAGUGAAGCAUGUGGUGAAAAGCUGGGCUUCAAAGUCACCAUACUUCUGUCCAUCUCAGUUCUAUUGCUGAUUCUUAAGGAUAUGUUGCCCUCCACUGAAGAUACGUUACCAGUGAUUGUCACCUUCUGUACUGUGAUCUUUGGCCUUGUGGGGAUUAGUGUUCUGGAGGCCAUGCUGGUGAGCUUCUUACUAGACUUGGAUAGUUACUGUGUGUGUAAGGAGGCUCCAUGCUCUGUUGAUGUACAUGACGUGGGGACUUCGUUGGAAUCCAGCCAUCACAAUGAGACUGUUGCAAAUGAAGAGCAAGGGCGGGUGAAUUUAGAGAGUCACUUUUCUCUGGAUCUGCCCUGUGACCUCAGCGUGCUCAGGCAAAUACUGGAGGAGGUGAAGGCAGCUCGACAGGAAGCUGAAGGACAAGGCAAAGCCCGGAGGAAUCAUGUAUGUUACAGACGACUGGCUCGAAUCAUAGAUAAUGUGUUUUUUACAUUCUAUUUUUUAGGAGUUGUAACUUUUUUACUUUGCAUGUAUAUAAUUUGGAUUCAAUGCUCUAUGCACUCAAUGCACUAAAAAUGGAAGUUAGAAGUGUCUCAUCUGCUAAACAUUCUUUACAUCACCUGGCUAAAAACAGAAAAAGCAAAGCAAAACUAUUUUAGCUUGUCUUAUUGUGUCAUCUGGAAUUCUUAUUUUUCUCCUUUCUGGGGGAGAAGAGUUCAAGGUAAAACAAAGCUGAGCAUAUACUGUAUACUGAGCAUACAUCUGUGGCUCUUUCAUAUUUCCACUUGAUCUGAAAGAACAGCUAAGUGAGAUGUUGAAAUCCCCUCAAAUUGCAACAUUGCAUGGCUAAUUGUGACAAUGCACUAAUUUUCAAGAGUUUCAGCAGUUACUUGUAUUUAUCUUUAAUGUAUGAUAUUUACAUUCUUUCAUUCAUUGGUUUAUAGUAUUUAUUAUGUUUUCUCAUACAUCAAUUGUUUACAAACAAGCUUUGCAAAGCCUUGACUUUAAAUAAAAAUGUUUGGUUUAGUUUGCUGUUUUGACUUUCAGUUUCCAGUGAAACAACUAAAUAAAG